CGGCUGAUGGAGACAUUUUAAAAUAAACACACAGCUAGCCGCUAACGGCUAACAGGGCUCGCAAAGGUGCGAGCGCACUGCGCCAAAUUACAUUCAAAAUCUUCCAAGUUUUAAAGAACUUAAUUAUAUUUUGCAGGGCAUUGUUUAUGCAUCGCAAAUCAAAGACGCUACGAAUUACCGAAGAUGUCGAAAAGUCUGACACUGGGAAAAGAAGAUUAUAACUAACGCCGCGCAGGUGAGCUCCUGUCCAGGCACAUUGGUCCAUGUUUGUUGGACCUUUGGGCUCUGGGCUCAACUAGCAUGAAGAUGGCUGAUUCAGAGAAGGCAGAGGAAUUUGUGGAUGCUGAGUGCCCCCCAGAGUGCCUUGAUGAAGCACAAUCAGCUUCUGCUCAGGGAGAGCAGGAUGAGCAUCUGAAAACAGAGACCACCACCAGUACCAGCUCGCCACCAAGGGAAAAGGAGGCAGACAGCCCCUUGAAUACAGAGGGUGAACAGAGUCUCCUCUCCAUGCCAUGCCUGAUGAAAGAGCUCCGCCGAGACUCUCCAGAGUCCCAGCAUGCCUCUACAGGGAGUGACAAGCCUGUGUCUCGUCAUAUCUAUGAGAGUGACUCCUCAAACCCCUGCAUGCUCUCCCCUUCAUCCAGUGGCCACCUUGCUGACUCAGACACACUCUCCUCAGGGGAAGAAGGUGCUGCUCCUCCUGUAGGAGAAGAGGAGGAGGGCAACAUGGAAGCUGUAAAUGAUCCUGGGCAGGCAGCAGGAAGGCAAACAUCUGCCACAGCGACAGGGGGGAGGAAGUCUCGGCGGUCACGUUCAGAGAGCGAGAUGCCUCCCAACGCAAUGGCUGCAAAGAAAAAUCGCUGCCAACCCACCGUGGUGGCAGCAGGAGGGCAGGAAAAACAAACCAAUGGCAAGAUGGCAAAAGUGAAAGGUCACCGGAGCCAGAAACACAAGGAGCGUAUGCGCUUGCUGAGGCAAAAACGAGAGGCAGCAGCACGGAAGAAGUAUAACCUGCUGCAGGACAGCAGUACGAGUGACAGCGAGCUCACGUGUGACUCCAGCACCAGCACCUCUGAGGACGAGGAUGAUGACACCUCAGGAGGUAGCAAGACAAUCAAGACAGAUAUUCCAGACGGGCCUCCAGUAGUGGGUCACUAUGAUAUUUCAGACACUGAUUCUAACCAGGAGAGUAUGAGUGUGGAGACAGUCCGGCCCACGGUGAUAAAGCAUGAGCUAAAUACACACAGAGGCCAGGAUAUGGCAGCUCACUCUGGGUGUGUAAGAGCUCUGAGCUCUAUCUCAGGCCACGUGGAGGCAGAGCUGUCACACAAGGAGAGUUCUCAACACAAGGGCCAGAUUAACAUUGCUUCCUCUGACAGCGAGGUGGAAAUUGUCGGAGUGCAGGAGAAGCCACGAUGUGCCCACCCAUGCGGAGGUGUGAUAAAGAGUUUGUCCUCCUGGAAGGAGAACUCAGUGGAGCAGUUAAACAGCACAAAUCAGCCACAGCUCUGGACUACUGUUUCCCCUCAGCCUAACUGGGUGUCCCCCCCUGAAGUGGUAGACCUCACGCUGGACGAGGACGGCGGACACAAAUACCUACUUUAAACAACUUGUACACUGAAGACUUUUAUUUUCCUUCUCUCACUCCUAAUCCUCAUCCCUCUCGCCUUGCCUCCAUGUUGCAACUGAAAUCCUUCCUAGAGUUGCAGCCUCGCCUGUAACUGCUCGUGGACUCUUCCUGCUCCAGAGCACUGUCUGUUUUUAACUUACUGUUGAACAAUCGUGUAUCAAAGCCAUUCUGCUGACGUGAUUCCCUGACCUUGGCUUGUCAGCUAUGAGUUUGAGUUGUAAUAAAAUGGCACAGCACUUGAAGUGCAGGUGGAAAUGUACGUAAGAGUGAUUUAUCUGUUAAUGAUAGCAAUAUCCUCCCCUCAUUUAAUACCUCAGUUACCCCUUGAUAACGGAUGUAGGUAGUUAUUUUGUGUUGUGUGCUUGCAAGCUGUAUAGUGAAAUUUUCAAGUUGCUGCUUGGGAGCAGGUCAGUAUCACAAUAUGGCUGUUGACCUCUUUCACUACAGACUCUGAACAGCAUAUUUUCAGACUGGAUUCGGCAUUUUUAUCUGCAGUCACCUGCGGUCAAGACAAAACGGCAGCUGGUACACUUUCUGUUGUACAGUAGACCAUAGAUAGACGGCAACACUUUGUACCGGUCUAGGGUCAAUUUUGUUUUUGAAAGUCUCACCACUGGUUUCAAAUUUAGUUCUGCAUUGAUAGCUUUGCUUUACUAUACAGUGUACAUCAUAAGUACAGCCUAUGCUCUGAUUCUGUCCGUGAAGUGUUUGGUUUUGGUUCAUCUUAAAGGGGUAGUUGGACUUUUUUUUGGAAAUGGGCUUAUUUGCUUUCUUGCAGAGAAUUAAAUGAGAAGAUUCAUACCAAAUUUAUAUCUGUUUGUUAAAUAUAAGGCUACAACUAGCAGCUGGAUAGCUUAGCUUAGCAUAAGGACUGGAAACAGUUAGUCUGGCUCUGUCUGAAGGUAACAAAAUCCACCUACCAGCUCCUCUACAGCUAACUAAUUAACACAAUAUAUCUUGUUUGUUUAAUCUUCACAAAAACUGAAUAGUAAAAAUGGCAGUUUACUGUUCUACUGAGGUUGUGUGGCGGACUUAUUCUUGGCUGGGCACAGAAUCCUUCUGGUGUUGCUGUUGUUUUCCCCGGCAACUGCACAAAGCCAAGAAAUAGUUAGACAGAGCCAGGCCAGCAUUUCCUUCAGUCUCUCCAUUCUGUGCUAAGCUAACCAUUUGCUAGGUGUAUCUUCAUAUAUAAUAGACAUGAUAGUGAUAUUGUCUAUCAGGAGUUCUCCACCAGAAAGCAAAUAAGCAUAUUUCUUAAAAUCUUUCUUGCUUUACAUUCACAGCUUUUGUUUCCUUCAUUACCAUGUUACAUAUUUUUUUUUCUUUGUCAUGAAAGCAAACAGAAAACCACUGGUUAAAUUCAGACUCUGAGGGAAAUAAUACAAACACACUUGUCACAGACACACUACAAAUGUUCUCAUUUCCACUGUAGUAGUACUAUAUAUGGUGAUAGUUUAUUGGCAAUAGAAAUUAUGUAUCUUUUGCUUGGAGAUAUAUUCUAUGUUGGACGCCAUGUCUCUGAUACAGAGUCUGCGAGUGUCCCAGGUGACGUAGUUGUUAUCAGUGAAUGUAUGACUCUGCAGCACUGACUGGGUGCACUUAUUGUUUGCAUGCUUAUCCUGACUGGAUGCAAACACCUUUAAACCUCUGGGGACCCCUUUAUAACAACUGAGGAAAUGUAUCUUCCAUUGAAUACUGCAAAGCAAGAUGGCCUGAAUGCCUUGAAAUGUGCACUAUUUUCUUUUAGUAUGGUAUAAAGCUUAUUCUUUUACCUGCAAAGCAGUGGAUUUUGCUAUCUCGACAAUAAAUAUUUUAAUAAUAGAUGUGAAUUUAGCAAACAUAUAAAAACAGUAAAAGUGAUGUUGAGUUUGUGCCCACGUGUGGGGCAUUUAUAGAAGAGACAUUUACUGUAUGAACUGUUUUUACCCUGAUCCUCAGGGCCUGCUUGCUCUCCUGCCCUGUGGUCUUGUUUUUGUCUUCGUGCAGUACUGCAGACAGGCUGGUAAUUUUUUUUUUUUAUCAACAAUCCAACUUCACACUCAGUUUUAACGUUUAUUAGAUUUGUUUUAUUACAUAUUGAAUAACAGUUACUUUCUUAAGAGAUGCUUGAGAAUUAUAGAAUCAUAUUAUUUUAACUUCUGCUGGUCACAGAAAGGGAAAAUCCUAAAUAUAAAGAAUUAAACCAAAGUCUAAAUGGAAUAUAUUUUCAGUUUCCUUUCUUUCCCUAUUUGAAAUUUGCUUCCAGUUUAUUCUUUUAAAUGUACUCUGUAAGGCUGAGUAUUUUCAUUUGGAAGUCAGUACAUUUGCUGUGAAAUGAGGUGACACGAAUUCUGUUUCAAAUUCAAGAUACAUUUUAGCAUAAUGGGAUAUUUUUGUUUUCCAUUGGCCAGUUCUUUCCACUAUAUGGAGCUACCACUGUAUUGAAAAUUAUUUUACCAGACCACUUCUGCUUGCAAAAUCCAUUUUGCUGUCGUUCCUUAGGAUUAUUAUGAAACAUUAGUUAUAGAGGUUUGGUAGAAAAUAGGGCAGUGAUGCUCAGUGAUGGUUGCACAUUGCAUGUUUGGUCACAUCUUUUAACCUCAACUCAGAUAUUACCCACAUUACCAGUAAUUUAGCCUUGCUCUUCUGUUAUGUUUGUUUUAUUUUACUGUCAGUAUUUUAAAUUAACAAAAAAGGUGUUUAUUUUGUUGCUUCUGCAGGCCCUUGACUUCCUUGAAAUUAUGUCUGUAGAACAAAAAGAAACUAUUUUAAAACUAAAUAAAUAGAGCAUUAUUUAAUGA